GAGUGGGCUUAUCAGGCCUUACAUGAUGAAGUGACGGCAUUCACAAAUAGGGCUAUCGUUCUUUGUUUGUUUGCCGCCUCAGCUGAACAAAGCUGAUGCACGCGAGCAGAAAAAGGAUAUGGGAGAAGCGUCUUGGUAAGCUUCACAUGAUGGGUUGACGGAAUGCAAUGCACCCCCUACUUGUUGCAGCAAGGAGAAAAGAAGAAGAAGAAAUGUCUGAUCUUUUCUCGGACUGCCGGCCCAAUUGUCUCUCGAAGAGAACACGAUUUGGGUUUGUCUCGGGCUGGCCAGGCCGAAAAAUGGCCUUUUGCGAGGGAAGAGAGACACGCACAUGAAAAAAGAGCGAUUCGUAAUAUGGCUUCUCCCUCUGGGUAAUAAGGCCGGGUAUAUUCGGUCAAUUUAUCAGUCCUUAUCAAGCGUGCGUGGGAAAUGGAAGGAUCAUGGAGAGGCGAGGGAAAAAAGUCGUACGAAAAAGAUCAGGGUUGGAAAUUGGCUGGCUUAUCAGGCCCCGUCCCAUCCCAGCGGAAAAGCGAGAAGAAAAAGUCGUCUGGAAAGAAAAAAAAUCGAUCCGCCCCUGCGCGCUGCGUGCGGCCUCACCGAUACUCAGCUGAUACUUGGCUCGCACAGCAAGAUGCGGUGCACUUGCAAGUUCUAUUGUUGUCGCUGGACUACUCCGGAUGCGGACUAGCGCUAUCUCGAACCCACUUGCACAUGCGAAAAAGUCUGGCUGGACCUUAUCUCGAGGUACCUUGUAUCUAUUUCUGGCGCUGCUCUUGCCUGAUUCAUUUUUUUCUGUUCCCAGGGUUUCGCUGCCAUUGCUCUUUCCCUGAAGAAGGUGAUGCUAUGGUUGGCUCAGAUAAAGAGAAGGAAGGAACAGACCGUGGUAAAAAUAGAAAGAGAAGAAGAAACAAAAUAGAAAUUGACCGCUACGUAGACGAGCCCAUCAUCGUCAACAUCAUUUUCUCUCUCUCUCGUCUCUCUUAUCUUUUGCCUUUCUCCUUCAUGCCUCUCAGAGCAAUGCAGAUUUGCGCCGCGCUUCGAACUAAGCCCUUAGCCCCAGCAAUCCACAACCUUCGCCCCAUGAUAACAGCCGUGAGAUGGUAUACUCGUCCACAAGCCACGCCCCCUCCAAUGAGCCCACCCCCAAUCAUCUGCUCGGGCCUCUCCUCCAGCAGAGGCUCGGACGACGCACCCCUGGUGUCUUAUCUCUGGCCUCAACGGGCCCUGUCUGGGGUAAUUGACUCCAGUAUGGGCGCCAGGGCUGUGCUGCUGAGGGCAAAAAUGGAAGAGGCGUGGCGGUCCUUGACAUGGGCCCAGCGGUUUUGGUCGCGGCUGGUCGCCGUGCUGUCGAAAUCGGGGACAGAAUCCGCUGCUCCCUGCGAGAUUGACGGUGAUGCGAGUAUAUACAACACAACUUAGCCUGUUUGUUAUCUCUAGGCCUCUCCUCCGUCUCUCCUCCUAUCUCUGUCUGCUCGGCUAUCCUUUCCUCCUUCUCAUCUUUCUUCCUCUCUCCUGCACGCCUUAUCUCCAGUUGAGCCAGACGUUACCCUCAAAGGCAUCUCACUUCUGCAACCUUAUCAUAACACU